UGUUUGGAGGCACUGACAUGAACGCUCGCCGUGUUUCUGUCAUCUCCGUGCUGCUGCUGGCGGCCUUCAUGGCUUCAGCCGAAGCCAGGGCCACAAGAUGUAGAGUAGAGGACUGUCCCUACUUCAGAGCCAUACGGUACUACGAGGAGCUGGGCUGCGUUCCAAGUGACGGUUCCAGCGAGUGCUGCCCUAGCCGCUUCGACUGCAGUACUCUUCUCUCUUUGGACAAGACAAAGUGCUAUUACAAAGGAAAAACUUACGAACCUGGCGUAGAAACAGGUGAUGAACUAGAUUUCAAAUGCAUACCGAGUUGUGAAUGCAGCAGUGAUACGGACGGAACGAAAGGGGGAGAAUCAGCCUUCAACUGUUAUGGAUAUGACUGUGGAUUACUCGGCGUUCCUCUAGGUCGAGAGGCAGAAUGCUACCAGACAGAUAAUCUAGAUGGAUGCUGCCCCACUGGAGUACGCUGUGUGAAUGAUACCGAAAUUCCCCCGGCCGAGUGUUCAUACAAGGGGAAGACAUACUUCGAAGAUCAGAAAAUAGAUGGAGCUUCCUCUGAGUGCAAGCUGUGCAUCUGCCAAAAAGGAUUUGACGGAACCUUGGAUGGACCCUGGUGUAGGAGACAGACGUGUGAGUACUCCCUCGAUCACAGGGCUUCUGAACUGAGGGAGUGUGCGCCGGUAUUCCGUGAGGGCGACAACUGUUGUGCUUCCAGAUUUCACUGCCCUUCUGCGGACGAUAGUGUGGUGAGACGUUCGGAGUCUACAACACAGAAUGAAGUUGCAGGCGACCAGUGCUCCUUCGGAGAGCACAGACUGAACAUCGGCGACGAAAUUGUGGUCGGCAGCAGCCACUGCGUCAGAUGCAGGUGUGACGUGCCUCCUUUCAUAGCGUGCACGGAGACAUCUGAAUGCGACGCACACCUCGAUUCGUAACUUGCACAUAGAGUCCAGAUCUUGGAUGAGACGAACAUGAUUUUAGGUCUUCAGACGUUUAUAUAUCAGAUUACGAUUUUAAUGUCAAAUUUCAAAGAAAAAAUUUAAUCAAUGAAAUGUAAUUAACAUGAAAAUGAAAGUACAUUAAUAAAUUACAGACCAAGCCCUGAUUCUAGUGAAGGUCUAUUUGAAGGAAAUUAACCUCAGUAAUACAUUUGUAUGGUUAUAUAAUGCUAUACAGGUGCAGUAUAUUACCUACAGCUUGUAACACAUCUUCUAAAUGAUUGUUCAUAUUGACUGUAUAUGUAAAUAGGUAUAUAAGGAGUGCGUGUCAAAGUAGACAUCGAUAUCAUAUUGGUUGGCUGUGGUUAUUCAUGGUGGUGCUUACAUGGAAUUCCCACACUGAUGUCUUGUCAGCAAUCUUGAAUGAGGCGACCUGCAUCUGAUUCCUCCAAAGCAUGUAUCAGGUGUAGUGUCAGAACAUGAACAACCAUGACUGGUGCUUAUGGAGUUGGGUGUUAAGCUGGUGAUAUUGUGGACAAGUGUGGUGAAAAGAAAGAAAUGGAAGGGGUGCGACCCGGAGGUAAUACUUAAUUUUCUGUAUGUAACAAUUUGUACGGAUAUAAAGAGGAAUGCUCACAUUUGCUCUAAUGUAAUAAAGCAGGUCGCAGCCUUCAGUUCACUGACUGGGAGAUUACAGUCUGUAUACACGGGCGACUUAGAAAUGUCUUGCAUCUAUCACCUUAGAAUAUUGCUAAAGUUCAAACCGUGGCAAUGGAGAUACUGAAGCGGUACAAUGAAGGGCAGCAUGAACAGUCACAGGUUUAUUUCACUCAAGAGUAAGUGUCACGAAAAUGUUCAAAAACCUUCUUUGGCAUGGGCACCAAUUAUUCCCCGAAAAUCUACUUGCAAAAUUUCAAGGUCCAGUGCUUUGUGACGACUCUAGAAAUAUUCUUCCGACAUUUCCUUUUGUAACUGUUAUAUUUGUUUCAUUUUGAAUAAAGAUCUCCUAUUCUACAUUAUUGUUUUCGAUUGUACUCAAAUAUGGAUGGCAUGCUUACAGUAACGCUAUCUGUUAGAAAGCGUCGCUAAAUCCAUCUGAAAUUGUGUAACUGCAUUCCAAUUAUGUUUCAACAAAAAUAAUUUAAAAGAAAGAUAAAAUUGUUUACUAAAGAAGUUAUCUUGUGAGACUCUGUGUUAUGCAGUGGAAGGAAUAGCGUUAAAACGUGUGACGUCACAGUACGAAUACAUGGAACUAACAGAGUUGCAGUCAAGUCUUCCAAGGAAGCACUUGAGCUACGAAUCCACGACGUCCAGAAACAUAUGGCCCCAGUAUGCCAGUGUCGAUUAUUAGUGGGAAGUACAAUGGAGCCUGAACAUGGUGUAAUGAAUUGCCGAAACUGGUAUCCAAAAUAAAAUAACAUCUCAAUUGCACGGCUGUUUGGGGAAUUUCAUUAUUAAUAGAGAAUGUUUCCUGUAUAGAACUACAAGCUGAAAUUUGGAAGAAUAAACGUUCAAAAUGUUCCUGUUAAAA